ACCUAAAGAUGGAGUUACACUAGUUACAAACACAGGUCCUAGUGUAAACGAAGAAGACGAAGUAACAAAAUCAACGCAUUCACAUCGAAAUUGAACUAUAGUCAAAAUGCAAGCUUUGAAGCAAUCCAUACGACGCCGUUCCCAUCUCAGAGUUUCAAUUUCGCCUUCCAUACCCACCACGCAACCCGAUGAUUUCCAUCAUUCACUCCCUUCUCAUCAUUUGGCUCGCCUCACCCCCAAACGCUUCCUCGAUUGGCCCCAGUUUAGCAAUAAGGAAGCAAUUGCGAAGGAGCGAGCUCGAAUAAAUGAUGAAAUGAAGAGGGGUUAUGUUGCUGAUUUGGCCGAGAUCAAGCAACAUGGCGGUAAGGUUUCUGUAGCUAAUAAAGUGAUUAUACCGGCAAUGAGUGCUGUGAAAUUUCCUGAUAUCAGAGUCAGCUUCCCAGAUGGUAAAACAAUGAAGCUUCCCAUUCGUAUUUCUGAUAAUGCAGUUGAUUCCGACAAAUCAUCUGUCCCAAAGGCAUCUUUGGUUUGUCUUUCAUUCCGAGGAUAUUCCGAGAAAAUGAUCGAUUCUUGGAGCGUGCCUUUUGCUAAAACAUUUAGUAACUCAAAAGAUAUUCAUUUAUACAAGGUAUCAUUUAUAGAUUCAUGGUUUCUAUGUCUACCUCCUAUAAAACAUUUCCUUCUGUGGACAAUCAAGAAACCUAAUCAAAACGAAAACAAGGAUACACUUGAAGGGAAAAUGGUGUAUUCAUUUGGCGACCACUAUUAUUUCAGAAAAGAACUAAACUUAGAGAAUCUCCUCACUGGGUACGUCUUCCUACUAGAUAACUUUGGUAGGAUAAGAUGGCAGGGCUUUGGGAUGGCAACAGAAGAUGAAGUUUCUUCCCUUCUUUCUUGCACAUCACUUCUUCUAGAUUCGUAAUGAGGUGCAAAACUACAGUGUUGUUCUGUAUUUCAUAAAUUUUGGGAUGUGAUAAACAAGGUUGGAUGAGAUUUUUCUUGUUUUAAAUGGUGUGUUAAGACAUUUAUGGAGCAACUACCUUGUGCGGGAGGAAAAUUGUAACCUAAGGAAGCUGUGUGAGGAUAAUUAUAAAUUAUAAUUUUUUAACUAUAAGUUGAAAUUCAUUCAAAUAAAAGCAUACACAGUUUUAGAAUUAUCAGUGUUGCUCUUGGCUUGAAGAUUAUCCAUGAGGAUGCAUCUUUUUUUGUAAUGAUCACUUCAUAUGGUUAAUAAAGAAGGUAUCACCUCUUUUAUUUUAAA